CCCUCUGCCGCAUAAGUAGUCAGAGAGCCGACCUACUGAGAGCGGUGAGCUCGGCUGCGACAUCCGCUGCUCCUGGAGGAGGGUCUCUGCGCCGGCACCUGCGGCUGCAGGGCAUCUGUAUAGCGUGGAAGACCGCGCCGCUUGCCUCUAGGCCUGCCUGUGAGCCUGCCUGUGGGCCUGCCUGUAGGCCUGCCUGUGAGCGCGCCCCGCCACCGAGCAAGAAAAUCACAGCCCUGGUCGCGGACCGAGGACCAUGACGUCCGCCAUCCAGGCCGCGCUGCUCGGCGCAGUGCUGGUGGCCGCUGUGUCAGCCGCGGUGGAGCCAAGCGACCCCCUGGUGCAGCUGGAGAAGGGCGCCGUGCGGGGCACCACCACGCAGAGCGACAGCGGCAGGACCGUGUUCGCCUUCAAGGGCGUCCCCUACGCCCGGCCGCCCGUCGGCAAGUACCGGUUCAAGGACCCCAAGCCGACCAAGCCUUGGCAGGGAGUGUGGGACGCCACCCAGUUCCCCCCCAAGUGCAUGCAGUUCGACCGCUACCCCGUGUCGGCCGUGGUCGGCGAGGAGGACUGCCUCUAUCUCAACGUCUUCACGCCAAGGCUCCCCGCUGCCGGCGCCCCCCUCCUCGACGUGCUCGUGUGGAUUCACGGCGGAGGCUUCAUGUUCGGCGGCAGCUCCGACUGGGGCCCUGAGUUCCUCCUCGACAAGGACGUGGUCCUGGUCACCAUCAACUACCGCGUCGGCCCGCUGGGCUUCCUCAGUACGCAGGACGAGGUGGUGCCGGGCAACAUGGGGCUCAAGGACCAGUCGGCGGCGCUGCGCUGGAUCCAGGGCAACAUCGCGGCGUUCGGCGGCAACCCCAACAGCGUGACGCUGUUCGGGCUGUCGGCCGGCGGCGCGAGCGUGCACUACCACUACCUGUCGCCCCUGUCGGCGGGCGCCUUCCACCGCGGCUGGUCGCUGAGCGGCGCCGCCCUCUGCCCGUGGACCCAGCAGGAGGAAGCGGCGGCCAAGGCCGUGCGCCUCGCCGGCCUCCUGGGCUGCCCCACCGACGGCGUGACCAGCCGCGACCUGGUGGCCUGCCUGCGCCACCGCCCCGCCAGGGCCAUCGCGGCCGCCGUGCCGGCCUUCCAGGACGAGGCCGAGAUCCCCUUCUCGCCGUUCGCCCCCGUGGCCGAGCCCGCGGGAACGAUGGGCGCCUUCGUGGACAGGCCGCCCAUCGACGUGCUGAGGCAGGGGCUGGCCAACGACGUGCCCUGGAUCGUCGGCAUCACCACGGAGGAGGGGCUGUUCAACGCAGCCGAGUUCCUGGGCGCCGGACAGUCCCACAAGCUGCAACGCCUGGACCAGGAUUGGCUGCGUCUCGCGCCACUGCUGCUGGACUACAACGACACCGCCGGCACCGAGGCGCAGAGAGACGCCGUCAGCCGCGCCAUCCGGGAGCACUACAUCGGCCAAAGGCCUCUCAGCGCCGCCACCAACGAAUUCGUCGCGAUGGUGGGCGACCGCAUCUUCAACGCCGGGGUGGAGCAGGCGGCGCGCGAGCAGUCCCAGGCCAACAGCCAGCCCGUGUACGUGUACUUGUACGGGUACCGGGGCGAGAACAGCCUCAGCGGCGCCAUCUCCAAGCCCAAGGACACCAGCGACUGGGGCGUGAGCCACGGCGACGACGCGGCCUACCUGUUCCGGUGGGAGUGCCUGCCCACGGGGGGCAACCCGCAGGAGCUGGAAGUCCGGAAGCAGCUCAUCAGCAUCCUCACGACGUUCGCGAGGACGGGGGUGCCGUCCGGCCUGCCGGGGUCGCCCGGCUGGGCCCCGCUGGACCCCGCCUCGCAGGACCUCUACAUCCUGCGCAUGGACAAGAAUGCCGAACUGAUCUUCGACAAGGUGCCCGAGCUGGGUCAGACGGCCUUCUGGAACUCGCUGCCAAUCAGCGAGAACGCACCCGACCUGGUCAGCGCUCGCGACGAGUUGUGAUGCACGGGACUGCGUCGACACUUGUCCCGAUUACAUUGCAUUUAUUAUUACAGCCAAUUCAAAAUCGUCACAUGUCUACUUAUCCUAGUUUUCUUAAGCAUUAAAUACACUAAGUUCUCCCUUU